GAAAUGUUACCCAAUUACAAGUGCGGGCAGAACAAAAUGUGUACAGCAAUCUCUUUGACUAAAAAUGUGUACGCAGCCGAAAGAAUAAAUGCAAUGAAUCGAGUUUACCACAGGACAUGCUUCCGAUGCUAUGUGUGUAAAAACGUCCUAAAAAUUCGAUUUAAAAUAGUACAUGAAAAAUGUACAAAUUUGGUGGGCUAUUACAAUGUCAUACAUAUAUGGUUCACAAUAACUUCAAAAUCAGCAUCCGAUUCUGCAUACAGACUCAAGGUAGUUUGUGACUAUUCCUAUCUUCGAGGUUUGCAAUACCUUCAAUACUUUUCAUUAAUUGUUAAACGAAAUGUUUCAGGGAGUUCAUGGAAUGAUAAACGUUACUUGGUUUUGCGUUAG